AUGGGUAGGUACAUGCCAAAGAUAUUAUUUGGUGGACUGAAGAGGGAUCCCCAUUGCUUGCAAAUGCAGGAUUCAUCAAAGAUCAUUGAGUUAGAAAAGGAGUGCGAAGACUCCACAGCCCUGAUUCCAAAACUUGAGGAAAAUAUUCCAAAACUGCAAAAGUUCUUGCUGGAUGAGGAGAAAGUCUUGGAGGAAAUUAAAGAUAAUUCUAAAAAUAUUGCCAAUUUAUCGGGUGGCGAAAAGACUCUGAGUUCAUUAGCUCUUGUUUUUGCACUUCAUCACUACAAGCCAAUCCCACUUUAUGUAAUGGAUGAAAUUGAUUCGUGCGCUGACUUCAAAAAUGUUUCUAUUGUGGGGCACUAUGUAAAGGACCGGACAAAGGACACACAGUUUAUAAUCAUAAGCCUCAGAAACAACAUGUUUGAAUUGGCCGAUCGACUUGUGGGGAUUUACAAAACUGAUAAUUGUACCAAGAGCAUUACAAUUAACUCAGGGAGUUUUAUGGUGUGUGAAAAAACUGCUUUAUGA